GGUCCGCGCUGGCGUACUCGGCCUACGUCUUCCCACCUGAAUGGGUCGACGGCGCCUUCCACCGCUGCUACGUCCCCAUCGCGGUGCUCAACACCGCGCUCAGCACCAGCCUGUCCUGCUACUCCAGGUUUCUGGAGGCGGAGCAGCCCCGGCUCAGCAAAGCAUCCCGCACCCUGGCCUUCGUGUACCCGUACCUCUUCGACAGCAUCCCCCUCUUCUACCGGUUCUACCUGUGCGCGGUGGAGAGCUGCACAGAGCCAGCGGUGCUGCUCCACUACAAGCACACAGCCUUUGCCUUCCUCACCUGCUUCAUCUUCGCCAGCCACCUCCCAGAGAGACUCGCACCAGGGCACUUCGACUACAUCGGGCACAGCCACCAGGUUUUCCACGUCUGUGGGAUCCUGGGCACGCACUUCCAGAUGGAAGCCAUCAUGAUGGACAUGGCCGAGCGCCGCAGCCGCCUCCUGCC